UUCAAUUGCCAUCUUUGCGCUUUGCUCGAACCCAACGGUUGACUUUAACCAAGAUCUUAUUAGAUCGACAAGGAGAUUUUGUUUUUGUUUGUAUUGUUCUGGUAGGAGGGAGGAACCAAUAUGGGUCUGGAUGAUGAAAAUAAGAAAGGAGAAGCUUCAGGAGAAACAUCAGAUAGAGAAAAUAGGCUAAGCAGAAUGAACAGUGAAAGCUCUUUGUCUGAAGAAGACGAAGAGAGGAAGCCCGAACUCGGCCCCAUGAUCGCUCUCAAAGAACAGCUCGAGAAAGAUAAGGAUGAUGAAAGCUUGAGGAGAUGGAAGGAGCAGCUUAUCGGGGUCGUGGAUUUUGAAGACGUCGGAGAGACACCGGAUCCUGUAGUAAAGAUCCUACACUUGACAGUUAGGUCUCCAGACAGAGAGGAGAUGGUAUUGACGAUACCUGAUGAUGGAGUGCCAAACCCGAAAGGUCCUUGGUUCACCAUAAAGGAAGGAUCCAAGUACACACUUGUCUUCAACUUCCGUGUCACCAACAAUAUCGUUUCGGGACUUCGCUACAACAAUACCGUUUGGAAAACCGGCGUCAAGGUGGAUAGUACGAAAGCAAUGCUUGGAACUUUUAGUCCUCAAGCUGAGCCUUACCAACAUGUAAUGCCUGAAGAAACGACCCCGUCUGGUAUUUUUGCUAGAGGAACCUAUUCCGCAAGGACGAAGUUCGUUGAUGACGAUAAUAAAUGCUACUUGGAGAUCAACUACACCUUCGACAUCCGCAAGAAUUGGCAAUGAUCCACCUAAUUCAACACCUUCUUGAGUCCAAAACCUAUACAGACCGAAGCUCUUUUUAUAAUAUUCCUUUUUUUCUACCUUACAUUAUUUGACUCCAGACUAGAAAACUUGUUUAGCUUUGGAUUAAAUGAUCAUGAAUA